UCUCUCUCUCUCUCAAAAAACAAAACAAAGAAAGUAAAUAAAGAAAGUACCCAUUGCAUUGCAUUACUCAUUAAAUACUACUUUCAAACUUCACAACUUUUCACUCACUCACUCACUCUUCACUCUUACAAUACACAGUAGAAACAAACAAGAAAGAAAGAAUCAACUUACCAUAAAAUCAGAGUUUCGGAGGGAAACAAAAAAAAAAAACCCAAAAAUGUUUGCUGAAGAAAAUGGUCUUAAGGGUGACCCAAGAUUGCAACACAUCUCUCAAUCCAUCAGAGUCGUCCCUCACUUCCCCAAAAAUGGAAUAAUGUUCCAAGAUAUAACGACAUUGUUGUUAGAUCAUAAGGCGUUUAAAGAUACUGUCGAUAUUUUUGUCGAUCGCUACAGAGACAUGCACAUUUCAGUUGUUGCUGGAAUUGAAGCACGUGGGUUUGUGUUUGGUUCCUCAGUUGCGUUGGGCAUUGGUGCAAAGUUUGUUCCUUUACGCAAACCUCGGAAGCUGCCAGGUGAAGUCAUUUUCGAAAAAUAUUCUCUAGAAUACGGUACUGAUUGCUUGGAGCUGCAUGUCGGUGCUGUCCAACCUGGUGAACGUGCUAUAGUUAUUGACGACUUGGUGGCAACAGGUGGAACUUUAUCAGCUGGAAUAAGACUUUUAGAACGUGCUGGUGCUGAAGUAGUGGAAUGUGCUUGUGUGAUUGGUGUGCCUGAGGUUAAGGGACGGUGUAAACUGCUUGGAAAGCCACUUUAUGUCCUUGUGGAGCCACGUCAAGUAGAUCAAUGCUUUUGAGGAUGUGAUUUUACAAAAGCAUGCUUCAUCUUACAAACACAAGCCAUAAUGUGAUGCAAGAACUUUCGCCUGUGGAGCGUCGUUUCCUGACAAAAGAUCAUCCUGGAAAUUGUCCUCUUUGUAUCUUUAUCUUGUACAUGUUAGGAUAUCAUGUAUGGUGGUUAACAAUUUCGAACAAAACAUCAAGGGAUUUAUUUUUCUGGCAUUUAAUUAAUAAAAUGUCAAUUUAAGGCCUCA